GGCAACGCGGAAAAGAGGCAACAAUCAAGAUUGAUAGAAUCUGGUAGGAUUAGUAUCUUUGAUAAGUUAAUGUGUGUGUAAAGCUUUUUUGAUAAAGUUAAGAAAGUAUUUAAGUAAAAUCAACUAAGUAUAGACCAUCAUUCUCUCAAAUAUAAUGGUUAAAAAAAACUUUAGUAUGGUGAUUGGUUGAUUUUCAUAAUGCUUAAAUCUUACUAGUUAAGGUUUUUCGUGUGUUCUUGGCUUGAAUCAUACGAUCGGACACGUGAAAUAUUGGUCUUCAUUCACGUAAAGACGUUUGUAGAAAUGGAUGUUUUCAAAAUAAAACUACAGUGCUAGACUGCUAAGUGUAAUCAGUCAAUAAGUUUCAAAUUUUGCAAACUUUAUGUUUGUACAGGAUUGCUUUGAUUAUAUAUUUUGAUCAGAAUCUUCUUAGAAGUGGUCUUCACAAAUUUAGUGAAGAGUCGACAGACGCAGAGAUUGGAUUUUUAUAUUUUUAUAUUAUUACGCAUCACACCUACAAUAUAAAAUGGAAUUUCCCGAAACUGGUAAACAUUGUUCGGUAGAAGAUUGCAAGUUACUUGAUUUUCUACCAUUUCAUUGUCAGCAUUGCAAAGCUGUUUUUUGUAAAGAACAUUUUCAUAUGACAUCACAUGAGUGUUCAAAAGUUGAGGAUGUACAACCCUCUUUAAAGAAAUCAGAAAAUUAUUUGUGCUCAAAGAAGUUCUGCAAGGAAAUGUCACCAGUUAGUAUGCCUUGCAGCAAAUGUAAACUACAUUUUUGUAUAACACAUAGACAUCAUGGGUGUUGGGUGUUUGGGGUGGAUGAAACAGAAGUAACUCAGAAGUUAAAGAAAUGGCAGUUACCAAAAAAACAGUUUGCAGAUGCAAAAGCUGUGGUAGAUCAACAAGUUGCAGAGAGUUUGAAGAAGUCCAAGAAUACAGCAUUGGCAAACAAAGUGCAACUUAUGCGGAUCAAAGGUUCUGCUAUUGGCCCUAAAAAUAUACCAAUGAGCGACAGAUGUUACUUUCUAGUGCAUUUGCCUCUCACAGUUAAAAAUCAACACAUAGGCACAUCUAAAGGUGUGUUUGUUAAUACACAAUGGACAGUUGGCAAGUGUAUAGACUCAAUGGCAGAUACUCUGAAGGUCCCCAAUAACAAUAAUACUGCUACAGCAAAGAAAUUACAACUUUAUCGUCAUUUAAAUGGAGAUUUGAUAUGCAGCGAGAUGGACACGGUUUUAAGUAAAUUAAUAGAGGAUUCUGUAAUUGUUGACGGGCAGAGAGUUAUUCUGGAAUAUUCUGACAAUGUACCUCUAGAUACAUCCUUGUAUAAAUAGACAUGUACUUUAAAUAUUUAAUUAUAAUAGACUUUCGUAUAAAUUAUCCAUGAAUGUGUAUAUCAAUGGAUACGUGUAUAUAACUAUAAUAAAUUUUCAUAUAAAUUAUCUAUAAAUAUGUGUAUAUAACAGUAAUACUGAAAUACAUUGACUUUAAAGUUUGUCUACGAUUUAUAUUUUUACUAGUAAUUUAAUUGGCGUUAACAAUAAAAAAGAACAACCUUUAGAAUAAUACUUGUUUAUUACAAACUAGAAGGUUUUAUGUCAGUUUUACAUUUAUCCUUGACGAAAGGAUAUCUAAAUGCAUCAAACAAAAUAGUUCAAUACCAGAUUAUUGUCAAAUUUGUUUCAAAGAAAAGACCAACAAUAUUCUGACUUUGGCACUGGACGUUUCCUGUCGCGUUUAUAAGAGUUAUGCUAAUACAGCGAGAAAUAUAAAUUAGCUAUAUGUAUGUAUGUAUAUGUAUAUAUAUAAAAUGUACAAAGAAAUGUGUGCGCUCAUUCAUAACUUUGUUAUCAUAGAUAUGGCGUUGCACACACUAGAACGAGUAAAUUGAAUACAUUGUAAAUUUGUGUCAUGUUACACUUGCACACUUAUAAGAGAGUAAUAUCUUUUAUAAUCCAUAUACUUAUCAAUUACAAAACAAAGAUAUUUCUUAUACCUACACAUGUGCGCGACCAAACAAAACUUUUCGAAGUAGGAAAGCAAGAAUGGAAUUUGAUAAUUUUAUUUGUAACACAUGUCUAGAUAAUAAAGUAAAUAUUUCAGAAGAUUUUGAUUUGUAAAAAAAUGGUUUUCAUUUCUAAUUCAAUAGAUUCUACAAGUUUUUUUUAAACGGAAACAACGUACGAAAAUGUGCUAAAAGUUGAGAUGACUUUCGGCGUUAUCUCAAAUUUUUAUACAAAAAAACUUGUACAUUAUUUUUAUUAAUAGUAUACGUAUACGACUAUAAAAACUAUUUGUGCCAGUGUGCUGAGAACUUUCGCAUCAGUUAGAUAAUAUCAGAUCUCUGUGUGAAUACAUUAAUUAUGCGAAUUAUUCUCUGUCAAAAUUAAGUCGCAAUGGAAUGAAAGAAAUGUAUUAUAUAUCAUAUAAAAAAA